AGUUAAUUCGGCGUGAGCGUUUGUUUAUGUAGUGAGCGCGUAUUUCUCGUGUGGCAAGUGCAACAACUAGUAGCUGCGACUUACAACAAGAAGCGCAAUUACAAAUAAACCUAAAGAGUUUAUAAGUGCAGUGCUGUGUGUGCUUGAAAUGUGUUACCAAAUGCUUGGCUUAAGUGCAUUGCCAAGCCCUAAGCUGGCGCUGGCUGGCAAUUAAAACAACUACAAGUUACAACUGUAAACAGCCUACAGCAGAAAUUAAACAAAAAUAUAGUACUAAGCAACAAUUGCAACACAACGCGAAUAUAACGAAACAACUAACAACAAUAACAACGAUGAUGCAGUUUUGGAUAACUUUGACAUUUGCAUGGCUUUUAGUUGCCAUUGGCGUUAGCAGCGCUGCCACAACAACAGUCGCAGCUCCGUCGGCAGCGGGCGUGGUGCAAAAGUUUCGCGUAACGCCGCACGAUAUGCAGAUACUGGAGGGAACGGAUACGUUGCUGCGCUGCGAGGUCACCGCGUUGGCUGGGAGGGUGCAAUGGGUUAAGGAUGGUUUCGCCUUGGGCUUUCUGGCCGUCAUACCCGGCUUUCCGCGCUACUCGGCGCUGGUGGAUGAGCCCAAUGGCGUGUACAAUUUGCAAAUACGUAACGCCUCGCUCGAGGAUGAUGCCGAGUAUCAAUGCCAGGUGGGUCCGGCGCCCGGCAACCCCGCCAUACGCGCUAAUGCUAAGCUGAGCAUUGUGGCCGCGCCCAGCAGCAUUUACAUCGAUGGCUACUCACGCAACGCCAAAGUGGAGGUGGUGGAGCAACAGAAUCUAACGCUCACCUGCAUCACCGAGAACGCCAAUCCGGCGGCGGAAAUUGUCUGGUUCCAAGGCGAUACACCCUUGAAUAUAGUGCCCACUGUCGUGGUUAAUCAAACGGCGCUUAAGCGUUAUCGCACCACAUCGACGCUGCAGCUGCAGCCACGUGCCGAUGAUGACUACAAGGAAUUCUCCUGCGAGGCACGCCACAAGGCGCUGCCACCUGAUGUGCCCAUGCGUGCCCAGCUGCAACUUUCUGUGCUUUAUCCACCUGGACCGCCUUUCUUCGAGGGCUACAGCCAGGGCGAGUCCUUGCGCCGCGGCCAACAGCUGCAAAUCGCGUGCCGCAGUCGUGGCGGCAAUCCACCUGCCCAGCUGGUUUGGUACCGCAACGGCGUGGCCAUUAACUCGCCACAACGCACCGCCGGCCGUCUCUCCGAGAAUGUCUACAAGUUCACAGCGAAUGAAUCCGAUAAUGGCGCCCAUUUGGCCUGCGAGGCCAAGAACUUGCUCUCCGAGAAGCCACUCAGAGCGGAGCUUAACCUGACUGUCCUUUAUGCACCCAAGGAUGUUUAUUUGAGCGGCGCUUCGCAGGCCAAAGUGGGCGACACUGUGGAGCUGAGCUGCGUGACCGCUGCGUCCAAUCCGCCGGCACGCAUUAGCUGGUCCAUGAAUGGACGUCCGUUGAACAAUAGCAGCUACAAGACGCGCAGCAGCACUGCCGGCGGCUGGGUGAGCAGCUCGAACAUAACACUAACCAUCGAUGCGCAGAGCCGAACCUUCAUUGCGGUUUGUCAUGCCCUCAAUACGGAGCUAUCGCAAAAUGUGGUGGGCUCGCAUACGGUGAAUGUUUUGUACGCCCCCUCGGCUCCGCUGUUGACGGGCUACAACAAUGGCGACAUACUCAUCUCGGGCUCCAUACUGAAGCUGCAGUGCAGCUCGGCGGGUGGCAAUCCGCCGCCUGCGUUGCAUUGGUACAAGAACGAUAAGCGACUGAAUGCGGCCACUAAGCUGACGGACAGUAAAAUUAGCUCCGAGCUGUCGCUGCUGUUGAAUGCCUCCGAUAAUAAUGCCAUCUACAAAUGCGAGGUGCAGAAUGCCGCCAUUGAAAUACCGUUAUUUGCAACCAAAACUCUGGGCGUGCAUUUUCCUCCCGAGACGGUCAAGAUUAGUGUGCUGCCCAAGAAUCUGGUGCCUGGCAUACGCGCCAAGCUCAUCUGCGACUCCAGCUCCAGCAAUCCGCCUGCCAAGAUCAGCUGGUGGAAGGACGGCAUACCCGUCGAAGGUUUGAAUCUAGCCAAUCGUCCGGGUCUGUGGGGCGGCUCCGUCUCCACGCUGGAAAUGCAUGUGAACAUCACUCAGGAUCUAGAUGGCUCCAUCUACACCUGCCAAAGCCACAACGAGGUGCUGCAGCGCAGCGUGCAUGAAACCAUCAGCCUGGAUAUACUCUUUGCACCAAAGUUCGAUGCCGCUCAGCAGACAAGUUUUGUGGGCGUGGAGGGCGCUCCACUGCAGCUGGAGCUGCAUGCCAGUGGCAAUCCCAUGUCUAUAAGCUAUACCUGGACUAAGGAUGGACUGCCCAUUAGCAGCAAUGCGCUGAGCGGUCAACGCCUGAUCUCCGACGGACCAAGGCUCAACAUUAGUCGCCUCAGUCGCAACGAUGCGGGAAUUUAUGUCUGCGAGGCGCUCAACACGCAGGGCACAGCCAUGCUGGAGGUGCAAGUGCUGGUGGAAUAUGCGCCUGUUAUUGCUGCCGUUACCGAGGGCCAGAGCUUUGUCUCAGGCGAGCAGGCGGUGCUCGCUUGUCAGAUCCAGGCGCGUCCUUUGGAGGCGGCGCAUGUGAGCUGGUCACGUCCCGGCUACGACUUUGCCACGCGCACGAGCGUCUCCUUCGAGAACAAUACAGCGCUGUUGCACAUAGACAACGUGCAACGUGGCGACAUUGGCAACUUCACCUGCAGCGUGGACAAUCAACGUGGCGCGCCCGUCUCGCGCAAUGUGCUGCUCGUUGUGCAAACUUCACCGGAAAUCGAUCAUACGCCGGGUUACACGCGCUUUGCUGCGCGUCUGGGCGUGCGCUCGCAGCUUGUGUGCCGCGUGCUGGCUUCGCCACAGCCCAGCUUCAUCUGGCGACGUCAUGGCAAGGAUCUGAAGCGACGCAACAAGUACAGCACGGCGGAACGUCAGGUGGAUGGUCUUUACUUUGAAUCUGCGCUGCUGAUUGAAAGCACUGCAGCGGAGGAUUAUGGUCAGUACGAGUGUGUGGUGCGGAAUAGCUUGGGCCAGGCCAGCACUACGCUGGAGUUCAGCAAGCCGACGCGUCCGGAUACGCCGCUGCAGUUGCGCGUGGGCAAUGUGAGCGACAGCAGCGUGGAGCUGAUGUGGACGCCUGGAUUUGAUGGUGGCAUGCAGGCUUAUUAUCGCCUGCGUGUGAAGCAGCAGGGUGAGGACAAGUACAAGACCGUGGAGGUUAAGCUGGGCGCGCUGAAUGCAACGCUGGAGCAGCUCAAGCCCGGCGGCAACUAUUACUUCUCGGUCAUGGCGUUCAACGAGGCGGGCAACAGCAAAUACUUGCCGGACAUUAAGCUGACGCUGAGCAAGGGCUCGCAGCCGCACUCGGCCGAGUAUACGGAGAAGGACGAGCUGCCCAAUGUGAUGAUCAUUGGCAUUACCUCGGCUGCCAUGGUGCUGCUGGUGUUGAAUGCAGCCCUCGUUGCUUGGUUCGUCAUUCGGCGGCAAAACAAAUCGCAGGGCGAAACGGAGCCCAGCAACGAUGAUGCCUACUCCAAGGACGACAAUCAGUCAGUCUACAAGCUGCCCAUCACUGCUUUGCAGGCGGAUGUGCAAAAGAAGGCCGCCGCCUCCACUUAUCUGGUGGAGAAUGUGGACAUUAUACAGUCGACGGCGUACCCGCCCAAGUACCAGGAGAGCUCCAUGUGCACUCCCCACUAUCAGCACUCCAUGUGCAAUCCGGACUUCACUCGCACUCUGCCCAAUCCCAAGCGGCACAGUCAACGCAACAGUGCAACGGGUCUGAUUGAGGGCAUGCCCAUGCGUGCCAAGGACGACCACAUGCUCAUCUCGAACGGCCUUUACAUACCGUCGCCCUCGCCAGCCUCCUCGCUGGUCAUCAAGGGCAGCUACAUAUCAUCGCCAUCGCCAGCGCCGCCAGCCGAUGGCUCCUACUUCAAUAUGAGCGACAAGUACAUGUCCUAUCCACCUGUGACCUACUAAGCAGUGCAGCUUGUCAGAGGAAAAGAAAAAGAAAAAAGACAGAAAUGAAAAGGAAACCCAACAGCAGCCAAAUACAGCUAGACUGAUUGAUAUACAUGCCACAGCAUACAUUUGCACACACUUAUAACGAAAUAACUCAUAAACAACCAGCACACACACACACACACAACAGCACACACAUACACAGAUGCAUUGAAAAUUGAUAUUGAUACGUUGUUCAAUCAAUUUCUGUCUUCAUGCAAACAUUUUUUGGUUAUUUGCUGUUGCAAGUUUUUUCUUUGGGUUUUGUUUCUUUUUUUUUUUUUGUAUAAUUAGUAGUACUAAAUGACGUUGAUUAUUAUGGAGCGCAUAAUGGAGUAAACAUGUUGAGUGUGUUUUGAGAAAAGACAUUUGCAUGCGGCGCUCGAAGGCUGUGAUAAGUACCUGCACCCAAGGCAUGCCACACACACAUGCAACACGCUGUGGCAAGCUUUACAUCAAACAAAAUGCAAGCGUUGCCUUUGGCUAAAAUGAAAGCCUUGGGGCGCAGUUACGCCAACCAAUCUACAAAAUGCUUGCCCUAACCCCCCACUCCCCUCACACAUACACACACACACACAAGCAACAACAACAACAAGAACAGACAAAGUUCCCCCAACCCUAAAGCUAGUAAGUUAUUAUUAAUUAACGAAAGCAGCAGCAGCAUAAGUAGCAGCGAAACGUUAAAGAGACAGUUUCGAUGCAAGAGAGCAAGAGCAUUAAUAUAAAUAAAAUCUCAAAUAAUUAUUUGUAGACAUUUUACUCAAUAUUAAGUAGUAGCAAUUACGCAUUUUUAGCAUUUAGCAUAAAUAUAUUAACGAGUCUGUCGAGUCGAGACUCAUUCUCAUUAGCAGUUGUUCAAGUUUAAGCUCUAGACAUACCAACAAACAAACAAACAUAUAUACAAAUCAAAAUAAACGAUCUUCAACGACAUUCAAAAAAAACGAAAAUAGCAUCAUGAAAUCAAUUAAAGUAAUAAAUUUAAGCGUGAUUAAGAGCUCUUAUAUAGUAUUUAGUUAUUUACAGCAUAAAGAAUUCAACGAUUUUUUAUCAUGCAUGACAAUAAAUUAUAUACAUGAUAAAAAAUUGCGUGCAAGCGCCAAAAAUUAAGCUAAAAAACAAACAAA